GUAAAAAAUUUCAAAUCAUUAUUAUUUUUGAUUAAGGUAAGCACCAGUUGGAUUUCAUGAAAGAAAUUAUCCUUGGAAGCCACUCCUUGGAUCAAUAGCCAGUCAUUUUCCCUUCCUAUACAGCUCGCAUGGAAUUUAAUAAGAAGGCUACAAUCUGGGCUUAAAAUUUAAUUAGAAGUCCAUCAAUAGAUUUUUUUUAAUUAUUUUUAUUGGAUUAAUUAUUCCAAACUUUUAUUCUUCAAAUCUUCUUAAAAAUGGAGCAAAUUAAAUUCUUUUCUUAAAUUUUCCGAUUCUGGCUCCUAAAUAUUAGAUAUGCGUAAUUUGCAGAGGGAAUGAUGGUUGUUUUCCUUUUGGCCAGCGAUGAUUUGGAACUAAAUCCUGAAAUUUUAAUAUACACCCAAAUAGACAUAAAUUAAACCUUCUAUUGCGUAUUGGACUUCUAAUUAACAUUUUUAUUAAGGUUUAUAUUUCAGAAAUUUGGAAAUUUCAUGCUCACUGUCGAUUCAAAUUGACAACCAAAUUUUAUCCAAAUCGAGGUUAUUCUAACAAUCUUUGGUCCUAAAUUGCCACCAAACGAGCUGAGAUAAGUUCUGAGUUUAAUGAGUAAUUACAUAUAGAUGUUGAACAACUUUUUAUCAGGAUUUUCAGAUAGAGUGGCUGACUACUUAUCAGAUUCAUUCAGGCAGAACCUCAGAACAAGCCUGGACAACUUCCUCGGAAACGACUGCGAAGAUGAGGAUGAGAGUCCGCCUGGCCCUCCACCAGUGAAUUUUCUAGUAAGCAUGAUGAGAGGUGAACAAGCGAAUGGGAGAAGAAUGCCAGACCCAGUUAGUGAAAGAGCACCUAGUGUAAAUAGCAAUAGAAAUUCAAACGACUUCAAUAGGGUAAGAAGGAAUAACAGUCAAGGUGCACAAAGGGUAAGACAAUCUAAGCCAAUGGGACAACUCAAUAAAAGAUCAAAUUCUUGCAUCAAGAAUAAAGAUUUUGGAGAAAGAGAGAAGUGUUCUACAUUCUCUAAUCAACCUAGUGGAGCUCCACGUGAGGAAAGCAAAGAAGAUCCUAAAAUAGAGAAAGUUGAAGUUGGGCAAAAUAUUAGUGAUCAUAGAGAAGAAGUGCAACAGAGAUAUAAAGAAGUCACCCAGAAUUGGAUUAUUGAACCUCACAAACUUGAUCUUACUGAUGAUAAUAUCAAGGAAAUGACAGAAACUUUUGAUAAAGCUUGCUACGAACAAGAACAAGGUACUGAGUUCAUCUCGCUUCUGCAUUCUGUGCUUACAGGAACACCAAACUUUUCUAGUGAUAAGAUAUGCAAACUGACUCUGAAGCUUCAUGAGAGUUGUAUCAAGAAGCAAUUAGGAACUGACAGAGACAAAAUGGCUUCAACACAUCUUGAAGAAUUGAUUUCAUUCCCUUCAAAAGAAAGCUUUGCUAAGCUUGAAGGCUACCUCUACUCUGCCAAACAAGAAGUCAAAAUUUGAGUCUAUUGGUUUUCGAGUCCAAGACUUUGGGGUGUCAUUAAAACGCUCCUAUACAAAGGCAUCACUGUCAAACUGGUCACUGACCACGACUCAGGUGACAACUUCAAGAAGGAAGGGUUUACCCCAGAAGAACUGCAAGAGAUCGCACCUAAGUUCACCCACAAGAAGCUACCAGUGCCGAGAGGGAGGAGGAUGCACCACAAGUUUGUUAUUAUAGACAAUAACAUAGUGUUAAACGGGAGUUUCAACUGGACGAAUGUGGCCGAGACUAAAAACUUUGAAAACAUUGUUGCUACCACUUCAAAGCCUUUGAUAGAGCAAUUUACCUUGCUAUUUAAUGAAAUAUGGAACAAAGCAGUCCCAUAUCCAAUGAAUCUCUAA